CAACCUUCUACAGUCAAUUAGCGCUUUCCAGAAGAUCCAUUGUUGCUAAGAUGGAAGACUACAGGGUUUCAGUUGUGGGUGGUGGUAAGCCUUUGCUACACGGUGGGAUAUUGGCGCAAGAUGGACGUCAUUUCAUCGUUCCCUUCAACAACCAGCUGAGAGUGUACUUCAUAACGACAAGACAGUGUAUCCGUUCGUUGAAGUUCAACGUCGAGAACCAGAUCGAUCUUACGGGACUAGUUGAUCUGAAGCAGGAUCUGUCGAAUGAGAACCUGGUGUGGGCCUUCUUAGUCUCCGGAGAGGUGCUGGUGAUCAACUGGAAGGAGAAAGUACCUGAAGUGGUGAUCAACAGAUUCACUGUUGAAUUGAACAAAGACGACUUUGUACUGAGAGUGAGCAGCUUCGAAGAGGAUAACUUUACUCUCAUCACUGGAAAGAACUCGCCAAAGCCACACACAAGAAACGUUGUGAGAUUCACGCCAUCGAAGAACCAAUAUGAGACUUUGACCUCCAUCAAGAACGUGUUGCUAUUCGCUGUAUCUCAAGAUUCUAGAAAACUUGCAUUCUUAUCCAAGUCCCAUGAGGAUAAGAGUGUGCACAUCGUCAAUAUGGACUCUCUUGAUAAGAAACAGUCGAUUCCAUUCGCAAACAAGAACUUGAUAACUGCAUUGGCAAUCGCAAAUGAUUGCUCUGUGGCAGUAGGCACAAGAAUUGGUGUGAUUCAUAUCAUCCUCGACUCCUUCACUAGGCUGUUGAAAUGGCACAUCGACGAGGUCAAAUCUCUGUGCUUCUCGCAAAACUCGAAAUACUUGAUGAGCGGUGGUUUGGAAAGGGUCCUCGUGUUUUGGCAAUUGGACACUGAGAAGCAACAGUUCUUACCAAGAUUGAACGGUGCUAUAGUUGGAAUUGAAUCCCCAAAUGAAGAAUACAUCAAUACAACACUGCAAUUAGACUCAGAAAACCACGAGAUAUUGGUACUCUCAGCAGUGGAUCUUCAAUCCAGGCUAGUGGUGGGUGGACCAAGACAGAGCUACAGCUCCAACCUUGCAAACGUGAAGAAAUUGGACAAGUUAUAUGCAAAGAACCCAUCCUUAGAUAUCAUGAAGCUGAAAUACGACUUCUCGACUAACUUCAAGAUCCACCCUACGUCCAAGCAGUUGUACUUUGUCAACGGUGCCUAUCUCCAGGUUUUCGACUUCUUUAAGAAUGAACAGGCAUUUGUACAGAAAGUUACGGAUACUAUCCAAGCUGGUAAGGUUAGAUCAGAACAGAAGUUGCACGACCCCGUGGUGAAGCAUUUCCAGUUCACUCGUGAUGGUAAGUGGAUGGCCACCAUGGAGGAGCACCAACAUGGUGAUUUGGACAAUUUGUUGUCGAAGAACGACUUUACUUAUGUCUUGAAGAUCUGGAGAUCUGUUGAAACUCAAGUGAAGAAUGGCUCUGGACAGGCGUCGUGGGAAGUUGUCACCAAGAUCGUCAAUCCUCAUGGUGUCAAUAUCCCUGUACAUGCCUUGAUUGCUGCACCAUUGAGCUAUUUCAAGGGUGUUGGCUUCCUCACUGCUGAUAACAACGGUGGUGUUAGAGUAUGGAGACCAACCACUAACAACCUCGAUGACAUUGUCCGUUGGUCCUUGAGAAAGCUGAAGCCAUCUACGGGGAUCUUCUCAAGCGAUGUCAGUCUAGCGUGGUCUGAGGAUUCCAGUUUGAUCUUUUUAGGAUUUGGUGAGACUGUUGAAAUCAUUGAUACCGAUACCUUUGAAGAGAUUCCAAACGACACAUUGGCCAGAAUAGCAGGGUCACAGAUCAAAUCGUUGGAAAUUGUUGAUAAUCAGUUGUGCAUACUAUCAAAGACUUCCCUCAAGAGUGUUGAUCUAUUGACCAUGCAAGAGAACGACCUGGUACUCAGGGUGUCGUCUCCAAAGAAUGGCAAUAACCUGAUGUGUACCAAUACAGACAAGUCCCUGAUCUGUAUUGCCGUUAACUUCUACAACAGAGACUUGGAGAAGUUACAGUCCAAGAUUUUUGUAUUCACGCCUCAUUCCAAGACCCCUGUGUUCAAUACACUCCACGAUGGAUACAUCUGUGGAAUUCAAUGGAACUUUGAUACAGACUUCAUCUUCAUCGACAUCAACUCACGCAUAGGGCUUGUCACUUCGACAAGACUGGAGGAGGAUCGUGUCGAAGAAAUCGACCAUGCCAGGGAGAUGGCCAUACUGUUACAGAGGGCACAGGGAGAGAGCUCGUUGAAGAAGAAGACCAAGACAGAUUUGGACCUCGGCUCGGAUGAGAUCAACGGUGCGAGACAGCUUGAUGUUAACUCAUUCGCAGGUCUCUUCGACAGUAUGGACGUGCAACUUUCAACCAUGUUUGACCGUGUAAUGCAAGUAGUUAGAUAGGUAUCACUAUGUGC